AUGUCGGGCACGAGACAGAGGCUGGGGGGCGAGGCCCGCUUCUCGCCCCCCUGGCCAGACUCUCCAGGCCUGGGCCUCCUCGACUCACGUGAUUCGCUGUCCCUGCCCCUCCUGCCCCGUGACUGUCUGUCUCCUUCCCUGCAGUGCCAGGAGUACCGCGGCGGGGUCCUGGCGGGGGACCUCUGUGAGGACCUGUGCGUGACGGGGACGCUGCGCUACCGGCGCUGUUUGUACUACGAGAGGGGCAAGAAGGUGCUGCAGGCCGACUGGCGCGGCCGGCCCGUCAUCCUCAAGGCCAAGGAGGAGGCCUUCUCCAGCUUCCAGCAGCCCGGCCUGCCGGAGGCCGCGGCCGAGGACGGCGGCCAGGACCUCCCGGAGGCCGAGCUGCUGCUGCUGCUGGCCGGCGAGGUCAGGAACGCCCUGGGCCUGGAGCUGUCCGACGGCAGCCUGGGACCACUGCGGCCCGGGACGCGAGGCCGUCGCCGGCGGGGCCAGCUGGCCAGCCUGUGGUCCCUGGUCCGGCAGGAGGAGUUCGUCCUGCUCAGCCUGCUGCAGGGCCUGAGCCGGCACGCGCUGCCCGUGCUGGGCGCCUGCGGCCACUUCUACGCGGUGGAGUACCUGGCUGCGGGCAGCCCCCGCCACAGGGCCCUCUUCCCCCUGGACGGGGCCGCAGGGGCCCCGCGGGGCAGCCGGGGCCAGGCCGAGGCCAUCAGCACCAUGGCGCUCAGCUUCCUGGACCUGGUGAGCCAUUUUGACGCUGACCUCUCCCACCGCCUCCACCUCUGCGACAUCAAGCCGGAAAACUUCGCCAUCAGGAGUGACCUCACGGUGGUGGCCAUUGACGUGGAUAUGGCCUUUUUUGAGCCCAAAAUGAGGGAGAUUCUCGAGCAGAAUUGCACGGGGGAUGAAGACUGCAAUUUCUUUGACUGUUUUUCCAAGUGCGAUCUGCGAGUCCACAGGUGUGGUGCAGAGAGAGUCAACAGCAACCUGCAGGUCAUCUGCGACAAGAUAUUCCGCCACUGGUUCUCCUCCGGCCUCAGGACGUCUGCCGUCCCGGUCCAGCUGCAGCUGCAGCUGCGGGACGCGGUGCAGGAAUGCGCAGACCCUGGGGGCACGGCCGGCAGCCCCCCAAGAGCGGCCCCCGGGGUGUUCUGGAAGCUUCAGCGCCUCCUACAAGCCAUGCAGAGAGAACUGCAGGAGGCAGAGAAGUAGCCACUCCCGUGGCGUUGGGUCAAGUCCCUCCACGUUGUUUCCAGGAGGGGACAUAUCCUCUAUGCAAAUGAACGCACCCCAAGGUGUCACUGUGGUCCUUCUGAAAUGUGAAAUGUCCGAUGCCCUCCCCACCCCACGCCAGCUGCCAGGAUGUGCACCUUCACUCCCAUCCUGGCUUGAUCCACGCCCGUUUGCGGCCACUUCUCUGGCCUCUGACCUGUCACCCUUUAAAGGUGACAUGAGGGAGGCGGGUACAGCGGUUUCCUUUUGGAAACAGCACAAAUCUGUGCAGUUACUCUGAGGAACGUUUGUACUCAGCUGUCCGAGCCAGAGACCUCCAGCUGACCCUGCCCGCAAAUGUGCCCUCAUUUAAAAAAGUGCGCGCACAUGCACAUGAGCAAGUGUGGGUGUUCACGUGGGUGUGCUUGCCUGCAUGCGUGCACGCGUGUGUGAGAACGCACCUGCCUGAGUACCCGCGUGAGGCUCAGCGAUAGGGGCAGGCCCCCCCCCCCCCCCCC